AAUGAUCCCAAAAUGGAUCCCAAAAUGGAUCCCAAACGGAUCCCAGACGGAUCCCAAACGGGUCCCAGGCCAGCCCGGAGUGUCCUGAGGCCUCUUCCCGCUUUUCCGCAGCUUUUCCUGGAUGACACCAAAGUGAAGAACUUCAUCACCUGCUUCAAAGACGUCUCCUUCCUCUCCUUCUUCUUCAAGCGCCUGGAGCGGAACCGGAGCGGGCGCUACGAGCUGGAAUUCCCGUUCCUUUCCCGCUGCGGGCGGGAGCGGAACUUCCUGCGCUGCGACGACCGGCCCGUGGUCUUCACCCA